CAGCUCCUGGGAACAGAGUAGUGUUCCAGCAGGCGCCAAAGGCAGCGCUCGCAACGCGGCCGUUUUUGGUCCAAUUGGUUUGGAUUAAGCCGAUUGUUGCCAAAAAAAAAAGAAGAAAAACUGCAGCUAGCCAUUGCUAGCCAUCCAAAACAAUACAACAAAUACAACAGACAGGUGAAAUUUUUGCAAAAAUCUUUGAUUGACAACGAAAGCAGCAACAAAAACAACAACAGUACCUAAAUCAAACUAUAAGAAUUGAGAAUGGCCGAGUAUAGACCAUCCACUUCGUGGCCCCACCGGAUGAUGAGCUUCCAGUGCCGGCAGGCGGACCUGAACCGUCUGGUGAUGAACUAUCUGGUCACAGAGGGCUAUCAGGAGGCCGCCAAGCGUUUCAUGACCGAGGCGUCUGUGAAGCCCGGUCCACACAUGGACACCAUCGGGGAUCGUUUGAGGAUUCAGGAUGCCGUGCGUGUGGGUCAGGUCAAGUACGCCAUGGACCUGGCCACACGGAUCUAUCCACGCCUCUUCGAGACGGACAACUAUGUGUUUUUCCACAUGCAACAGUUGCGCCUGAUCGAGAUGAUCAGGGAUCAGAAGAUGGAGAAGGCCUUGAAGUUUGCCCAGAGCAAGGCAGCGGGUUUUUCCAAGGUCGAUCCAAGGCACUACCACGAAGUGGAGCGGACCAUGGGUCUGCUGGCCUUCGAUCGGCCGGAAUACAGUCCGUACGGGGAGCUGAUGUACUACUCAUAUCGCCAAAAGGUGGCCGGUGAAAUAAACGCAGCCAUGUUGCGCUGCCACGAGGAUGAGGGUAAGAGCAAAGAGGAGCCCAUGGAGCCAAGAAUGAUGUUCCUCAUCAAGCUGAUCCUUUGGGCCCAGGCCAAGCUGGAUCGCGAGGGAUUCACCGACUUCCACAAGCUUGAUCUUGGCCACGCGGAUUUCGAGGAGGAGUUCCGCCGGAGUUUCCAGGGUUUCUAAGAGUCCAUAUGCAUACAAUAAUUGUCCAACGAUUGUCGGUCGGCGUCUACUGCGAAACUUUUUAAAUGUACGUUGAUUUUUUUUUGUAGCAAAUCUACACAUAUAAAUGUAUUUUUUUUUGUGGUAAACCAACAUAAAUAAGUGUAAUUUUUUUGAAUGGAUGUUGAAUAUUAAAUAUUUCCAUGUCUUGAUGUAAAUUGGA